AUGCAGCCGUCAGGGAGCGAAGAAAAAUACAAGAUCCAAAGAAGCCGCGACAUGAACCAAUCACAUCUGUCGCCCAACCUGAUGCGCUCGCCCUACCAGUCCGCGGGGAACCUCUCGCCGCCGGAUCAGGACCAGGCCUCCGAACAAGCCCGCGAGACAGGCCCCGUAACCCACAUGCCCCAGAUAUGGCAGCUCUACGACAACUACACCACAGACAUGAUCCUGGGGGACUACGACUCCUCGCCCGGCACCUACCUCGCCUCCUCCCAGCAGCCAGAGCUCCAGUACGUCGCCAACUCGCCCGCAACGAAAAACAUGUACUCCACCGAACAUCGAGUUUCUAUAAACAGUAUUCCCUCGCUAGACGGAAAAAAGCAACCUACAUUUGCCAGCACCGACCCGACAGCACUGAAAAAAUUCAGGUGCAGCCAAUGCACCAGCUCGUUCACGCGCAGAAGCAGGCUCAAGGAGCACUGUCGCAAGGUCCACGAGGGCGAAAAACUGGUUUUCCGAUGCGACCACUGCGACAAGGUGAUGAGCUCGCGCGAAAACCUCAACAGACACAUGAUCGGCCACACCGACAAGUACCGGUGUCCGUACUGCGGCAAACGCCACGACAGAUCCGACAGAUUCCAGCGCCACAUACAGAAAUGUUCCGCCAGACACAACAGUGUCUGA